CAAAAACACUGACAGCCGAAAUCGAUCCUCCUGUCUUCCCCCCUUCUUGACAAUAUGACUGAGCCAUCCCCAAAUCCGCCGUCGAGCGCGCCGCUCCUCCCACCUCGUCCGAUUGAGUUGAACCCUAUGCGAACGAGAGAACCGGGCUGCAUUGGUAUCACCGCGGACAAGAAAUACUUCGACCUCGUUGGUCAGGACGGCGUCAAGCGCUUCCUCAAACGCAGCCUCACUGAGGCCGAGUGGGUGGUUAGGGUCUCCGACAAGAGCAUCGUGCACCCCAGUUGCGACGUCGCUGCCCAUAUCCGCAACGAGGUAGCCGCCAUCGCGUUCGUGCGCGCCAGCACCAAUGUUCCCGUUCCGAACGUCGUGUGCUCGUUCGACGAUGGCGGCAGGACGUAUAUCAUCGAGGACGAGGUGCCCGGGGUGCAAAUGGUCGAUCUGCCUGAGGAGGUGAAGCCCACCGUCAUCGCGGAGGUCGAGGCGCAUAUGCGCACGAUUCAUAGCAUCAGGGCUACGACAAUGGGCGGUUUUUGCGGCGUACCCUGCCUGCCUUACCGUCUCGCGAAGGCGCUUCCCGAGGGCUCGGAGAAGAUCGUCUUCAAGUCAGACGUCCCAUACGAGCUGGUUCUUUGCCACAACGACUUGUCGCAGCACAAUGUUAUCGUGGAUCCGGAGACGCUGAAGAUCAACGCCAUCCUUGACUGGGAGUUUGCGGGGUUUUAUCCCGUGGAGUUCGAGGGCUGGUUCCAUAAGCGGCCGGGUCCCUCGGACGCGUUGAGCAAGUACAACGAGAUCAGCGACGUUCCCGAUUUGCUGAAAAUCCUCGAGGAGUGCAGGGGCGAUGCGAGUCAGGUUAUCUCUACGAAGGCUUCACCAGCUACUGCUGUGGAGACUCUGCCUCUUUCUGCGACGUCCUACCCCCUGCAAAAACACCCGCCAGACCGCAAUCCAUUGCGCGUCAUGGAUCCUGGGUGCACCUACAUUACUUUUGACAAGAAAUACUACCGUCUCGUCGGUCAAGACGGCAAAAAGCGCUUCAUGAAGCGCGGCUUGACCGAAGCGGAGUGGGUUAUCAGCUCCUUCACCGGCUUGCCCAUCCCUCCCGCCUACGACAUCGCUUCUCACCUUCGCAAUGAGGCUGCCGCAAUCGCAUUCGUCCGGGCCCACACCGAUAUCCCUGUUCCCAACGUCGUCUGUUCCUUCGACGACGGUGGGCGUACCUAUCUCAUUGAGGACGAGGUCCCGGGCGUUGCUAUGAAGGAUCUUCCGGAUGAUGCGAAAGUCAUCGUCAUGCAGGAGCUGGAGGGUCAUGUCAGGACGCUCCAAAGCCUUCACAGUACCACCAUGGGCGGGUUUUGCGGCUCCGCUUGCCUCCCAUAUCGUCUCUGGGCAGUCUUGCCCCGAAAUUUCGGGAAAGUCACGUUCAAGCCUGACGUGCCCUACGACCUUGUCUUCUGCCACAACGACUUGGCGCAGCACAACAUUCUAGUCGACCCGGAGACGCUCAAGAUCACCGCCAUCCUCGAUUGGGAGUUCGCGGGCUUUUACCCGAAGGAGUUUGAGGGCGCUUUUUACAGGCGAAGUGGACCUUGUAUGGCUUUGAAGGAGUACGACGAGGUCAGUGACGUGCCGAAGUUGCUCGAGAUUGUCGAGACGUGCGCGAGCGAGGAGAGCAGGGGUAUUUCCAUGCAGGCGGAUAUGGAGAAGGCGAUGAGAGCGGUGUAGGUAUUCAAGCGGUUUAGGUAUUGGCCCGAGUGGUAUCACGAUGUGUAUCCGAGUUUUUGCUUUAACCUUUUCCUUGUCUUCUU